AUGUUAUUGCUGUUUUCCAUCUACUUCAACUUGCUGCUCAGCUACGCCGCCGGUCUCAUACCGUUCCGUUACAACUUCCGGCGAAGACGCUUCGAGUCUUGCAAACCGGUCGUACCCUUCACCACACUGCUGCUGCUGCUGUUCGCCGGUGUGCAGUACAAACUCGGCCGGCUGCCCGAGCGCAUGAAGAUCCCCAAGGUGGGAAUGCAGGACAUCAUACAUGCGGCGGAAAACUUGGUCCUGAACGGCAACUGUGUGCUGAUCGCCGUGCAACAAUUGCGAUUUCUCGAAACCUAUCGUCGGCUUCUUACCGACCUGCUGGUUAACGCACGUACCUUCGUACGGUCCGGUCGAGUAGGACGCUUCAAACAAGUGCAACUUCUCGCCCAACUCGUACUGCUUCCGUGUGCCGUCUAUGCACUCCAUUCUACCGCCUACCUCCUGCUGGCAGAAUGGUCGGAAAUCAACAUUGUCCAUGCAAUACUCUUUAUGGUCAGCCUCAUUCCCAACAUGGCACACGUGAACAACUUUUACGCCCUGCUGUUUGUGCAACGAUUGACGCUCGGGGAAAUCAACGACAAACUCACCAACCUGUGGACCACCAUCUGCAUACGGCAUUUGAAUGCGAACCAGCUGCCAGCUACUGUGGCCGAGGAGCCUCCCGCCGCCCGCCGCCUACAGCUCCAUCUCAAGGAGUAUCAACAGUGUGCAGGCACCUUGCACACGAUCCUGCAGCAAUACUCACUGACGGUAGCGCUGUACUUGUUAAUUCUGUUCGAGGAGCUCAUGUCGAAGUUGUUCUAUCAAUUUACACACUUUUACACGCUCUCGCUGGGGAAUCAUAGCCCGUUCGCGCUGGAGGCAAUGGGCACAUUGAUGAUUCUGGUGUACGGGUUGGAUACGGCACAGUUGAUUGCGAAUUGCUACGCCAUUUCCGAGCAGAGCGAAAGGAUCAAAACUGCUGUCCAUCGGCUAUCGUUGAUCCCCGGGCAGGAUAAAUAUUUUCACGAGACAAUUAAGACGUUCCUACUAUCACUGAACCAUUCCAUGCUUAGAAUCAACAUUGCUGGAUUGUUUACGAUGGACUUUGAGCUACUCACGGGGAUGGUAGCUGCCAUUUCCAACUUUGUUGUUCUAUUGACGCAGUUUCAUAUUGAGUACGCCAAGAGUAAAAUAUCGUACUGGCAUAUGCAUAAUGCCACGAAACCUUCAAUAUUAACACAUUGA